AUGAUAGGCUAUUCUCGUCUCUUCUGCAGCCUCGGCGCUGCAGUCCCAGUCACUUUUGUACACUUCAACUUAAUAUGUCAGGGACUCUGUUUAUUGAAGCUACUAUGGUGUUUAUUGACUUGGGACCAAGCUAACUUGUGGGGAUUUUGUGACAAUUUUGAGUGUUCAUCGCUACUCCGACUGGGCUGGGUUGUAGAGUUUCGGUUGGAGGCCAACAACUCAGGCCCACUUUGUGUAGCCUCCGUUGUGUGCUCUUGGAUCCUUACUCAGUCACAGUUUGAGCUACUCCCUCUUGUUCCAUCGCCUCGGAAACAUUCUCACCUUGUUGCUCUGCCCACUGCCUCCAGCACCUUUCUGCCGACGACCUCGACCAGCCUAGCGAUUCUGCAUGCUAGAAUCAGGAGGCCAUCAGAAAUGGACUUACACUCUCGGCGAAGCGUGGGUAGUAGUAAGCUUUGGGGCGCCGGACUUAUUUCCUUCUGCAUACGAGCGCAUGUGGCCGGCUUUCUCAUUCUCGUACUCCUCCAUCAGAGACUUCCCGGCGCUCAGGCCGUCUCUGCCAGCCAUCCCGACCAAAGAGGCGAGCACUCUGCCAGCCGAACUCGCCACGGAGACUACCAUUCGCUACAAGCAAAUGAUCUCUUCAGUGGUCCAGGCCAGCAAAUGGCGCCAUGGCGGUCAGGCACCAACGGAAGCCGGGGCGCUGGCUCAGGCCCGCGAGAUAAGUACCUUCGGCUGAAGGGUCGUCAGAAAUACACCUCCAGCCUCAAAGACUCGGCUGGUGCCGGGGCCAGAAGCAGA